AUGGGAAGGCCUCCAUGUUGUGACAAAUCCAAUGUCAAGAAAGGUCUCUGGACCGCUGAAGAAGACGCCAAGAUCCUUGCUUAUGUUGCAAUCCAUGGUGUAGGAAACUGGAGUUUGAUCCCUAAAAAAGCAGGCCUGAAUCGAUGUGGAAAGAGCUGUAGAUUGAGAUGGACUAAUUACUUAAGACCUGACCUUAAACAUGACAGCUUCUCUCCCCAAGAAGAAGAGCUUAUCAUUCAGUGUCACGGAAUCAUUGGCAGCAGGUGGUCUUCGAUUGCACGAAAGCUUCCAGGAAGAACGGACAACGAUGUGAAGAACCAUUGGAACACGAAGCUGAAGAAGAGGCUGAUGAAAAUGGGUAUAGAUCCAGUGACUCAUAAACCGGUUUCUCAGCUCCUUUCAGAAUUCAGAAACAUUAAUGGCCAUGGAACUUCAUCUGAAAAUUUCGUCAGAGACUUCAAAACAGAACCAUCUAACAACUCUAUACUCACACAAUCCAACUCAGCAUGGGAAAUGUUCAGGAACACAACAAGCCAUGAGAGUAAUUACAACUCUCCUAUGAUGUUUACGAAUCCCACUUCAUCUGAAUUCCAAGCUACUACUCCAUUCCAUAUCUCUAGCCAUUCAAAUCAUCUGCUCAAUGGAACCACAUCUUCAUGUUCUUCCUCCUCGUCUUCUGCUAGUAUCACGCAGCCAAACCAAGGGGCUCAAGCACCGGUUACUACAUUCUGCUGGAGCGAUUUUCUUCUCUCGGAUCCGGCUUUACCUCUGGAUUCUCAGACACAAGUAGUGGGAUCCUCUGCUACUAGCAACCUCACUUUUGUGCAGAACGAAAACUUCAACAGCCAAGGCGAAUGCAGCUCUCAGAAGAUCGCUUCCAAGGCCUCGGGUUCAUGUCAUUCCGCGAGCUCCUUUGUUGAUGAAAUAUUGGAUAAGGACCAAGAGAUGCUGUCACAGUUCCCUCAACUGUUAAAUGAUUUCGAUUAUUAG